AUGGAUUGCGCCGCGAUCUGUCUGCUGACCACGGCAGUACAGUUCAUCCCACUAUCUUCCACUGUCAACUGCACUUAUUGUGUGGAAGCCCGUUCAACUUACGAGCAUUGUUUCAAAGACGUUAUCGAAUGCGCCUAUCGAGAUCCCAGCUCUUUGAUAAUAUGUUUGAAUGUCUACGAGAAGAAUGGGUAUGUAAAUGAACAAGAGUUUUUGAGUUUAUUCUCAUGUUAAUGUUUCAGUGGAGACCCAGCCAUAGUUCAACACACAAUCCGAUGCAUCUCUUAUCAAGAUUAUUACGUGGCAGAUGAAUCCAUAAAACAAGUUAGUUUUCAAUUUUCAGAGGUGUUAGUGAUUGGGUAGAAGAUACUGAAGUUGUAAAUAAUUUUUUAAUAUGGAAUACAUGAUUGCUUCGAAAGUUGAUGAAUACUUCACAUCAAACUGCAUUUUUCCAAUAUUACGGUUUUCAGGUAAGCGCUGGUGGUUCAUGUGCCUUUGAGCAUAUCCAAAAGUGUGAAUGCGAUGUAUGCCGCGCACCAACUACCACAACAAGUCCCGCCACAACCACUACUGAAAUUACUCCAUCAAUGCAUAGAAAGUGGGGGUUUUUAUUGGUUUUUUUCACAUCUUAUACCAACUUUUCGUUGCAGAAAACAUCAUCAUCAUCAUCACCACAAAGAUGGAGCCAGCCACGGUCAUAAACACGACCAGUUAGUGUUUCCCAACAACUCUUUUGCCCAACAAUACAAAGAUAGCGGCUAUUAUCUUUCUUCGGCUUCCGUUUUUCAGAAAGUCUCCCUAUUUGCAAUUUCUCUAA